UUAGUUCAGUCAGUGUAGUUUGAGAUGUAGAAGGUAGUCCACUAAAACGUUGACAGCCACUGUUUCCAUGACGGGUUCCAGUCAGUCCACGCACUUCCCAAGAAAAUCCAACAUGUUCGUGAUCUUUGUAGCCUAGGUUAGACAUAUUAUAAACAUUUAUCAGCGAAGAAAACACACAGGCAAAGAUGCUGAAACAUGUUUUCAUAGUGAUUGUCCUGGUUUUGAUUGAAGGAUCAUCUUCUAGGAUUAAUCUUAGGUGCAACAAUGAUUUCGAUAGAAACAUGACGUGUGAAUUUACACCGGAGCAGUCUACCAUUUGCUCGGAGUACUCUCUAAAAGUAGAGUUUAACCCUGACGAACCCAAUUUAAAGAGAGAUUACAACUGCGCUCCUAGCAGUGAUGAUCGUGGCAAAUGUUGUUGCUCUAUUGACGUUGAGGCUGGUUUUUUGUACGGUGAAGACAGCAUAGUUACCCUGAGGAGAAAUGGCAACAUCAGUACAUACUUUAUCGACACGUUUAAAAACAUAAAGCUCAAAACUCCAACCAUCAAAAGUGUGAAUACAACAGCAGAUGGGAAUUCAAUUGUGUCAUGGCGGACUCACUAUAUAUCAGGACAUACGCUUUCAAAAGACUUCAGGACUGAACUUGAAUUUAGAUCAAAGAAGGCUGGAUGGAAUGUUACUGAAGAAGCCAUUCUUAAAACACAUUAUGAAUUGAAUAAUUUAUUACCAAACACAGAGUAUUUUGUCCGGGUUAGGGUCAAGGCCGUAAUCAUUGACAAAUCUCACUCCACUGACUUCAGUGACUGGAGUGAAGAAUUUGCAUUUGUCAGCGGUAAUGUUGCAAAUGUUCCUAAGAUAGUUGUGCCAGUCAUAUGUCUGAUCCUGAUCUUCAUCAUUUGUACAUUAGUCUGCUGCUGUGUUAAAAUCAAGAAAAGCGGGAAGGAUGAUAAAAAGGAUAGGAUAGCCUCAUUUUCUCCAAAGAUUGAUGGAUUCAUGGAUUAUCUCAUCGGGGCAGAACAUAAGAUACUCUAUCCAGAAAAUACCUUACCAUCCAGGAUGGAGGUGUUUAUUCCAAAACAGCACAUCACUGAAGAGGAGAAAAGCAUAACCUCCAUCUCAGUUGGCAGCAGUGGAAACAGCAACCUUAUUGAAAGCACAAACUCCAACUCAACUUCAGUGGAUUAUGGGUUUGUUGAAAAGGACCCGCACCAGAUCUUGGAGCGGUUACGGUCAGCUGUCCAGCAGGACUUGGAGCGAGUGCGCCAGGCCCGGUCAGCUCCUGUGACAAACCUCUUAGUUUUGCCAAGCCUGUCUGACUAUCAAAGUGUUGGCGUGCAGGAGUCAGAGAGAUCCCGUAACCCCUGCGUAGGCUCACAGAGCAACCCCGGAUGCACCUCGGGCUCAUCGUUUGACAACCGCUGCUAUUCGGUCCCCACCAGCCCUGCCCCUUGCCAGUCCUCUUUUUUUACGCCGUCAUUGUGCUGUGACCUUGGCUACCAGUCAAGUGAGAGUUUUGGCCAGCCGCUGUUGAUGGAGACGGAGGGAUGCCAUGUUGUUUUGCCCCCACUCAUCCAAACAGACCUUGCCUACCGACCUUGUGAUGGCUGCUCGAUCGGGGAGGCAGAAUGUCUCCCCAGGUCAGAAAACGUGGAGGCUAGCGGGAGCUUGGUGAAACCCAUGGGACAGGGUGUGAGCAUUUGCAUGGACCGGACUCUGCAGGGCAUUGAGGAGGAGGAGCAGAACUGUGCACAGCGGUCAGUUUGUACCAAGAGCCUGCUUCAACCCUGUCCUCUUCCUCUCGGGGAGUGCGGCCCACUCCUGUGCAGUGAUGAAUAUCGGCCUGUGCCAAUCUUCAUUCCAAGCUGAGGGGCACACGCAUGAACAUGGACCAGCACCUUUUAUGGGUUUAAGUGUCUUUUAGCACUCAAUUUAAGUUCAGAACUAUUUUCUGUGUGUGUGUUGUUGGUGUGUGUGUGUGUGUGUGUGUGUGUGUGUGUGUGUGUGUGUGUGUGUGUGUGUGUGUGUGUGUGUGUGUGUGUGUGUGUGUGUGUGUGUGUGUGUGUGCGUGUGUGUUUAGGGUAACCUGCUUCAGCCCUGUCCAAAGCCACUCCAAAGCAAUAAUGAACAUGCCAAGCUUAAUUUCAAGCUGAGGAAGGGCAUGGAGAGGAGAAGUGUGGGGGCUAAAAGGCAAAAAGCAACACCCUUUACAUCCGACUUUACCCAGUCUCUGUCUGCCUGUUGUACAGACACCUGCAUGCAUUUGUGCCAGCACCUUUUUUAGAAGCACUUAAUUUAAGUUUAACACUGUUCUUUGUUGAGGUCAAUUUCAUGUUAUCAAACAAUUGUCACGUCAAUUGUCGCCAAGCAUUAACAUGAAGUGUGUUUAGUUACUUAAACUAGUUUGAAGAAGUUCAUAUCAGAUUAGAGCAGAAAUUAUUUUGGUGAACACAUUUGUGUUUUAUUCAUUUCUUGUUUAUUACUCUUCUUGGUGAACAUGUAGAGUAAAAAUAUAAUUGUUUGAUAUGCAUGUAUUCACAAGCUUCUGGCCAAUUGUCAUCUAAGUCCUCAUUUGUAGCCAACAGCCCCUCAGGGUGUAACAGUCAAAGGGUGAGGUACAAAGCUUGUUUUUAGCAUCUGUGCAAAUGGAAAAUAGUGAUCCUAUCUCAAAGAAUUGUAGCAUGACUUUUGAUCUGAAUAAUUCAUCUGUGACAUAUGCUGAGAUGAAACCUGUUUGAGUUGCUUGAGUGCUGUUGUUCUAUACACACUAUUGCUAUGUUUGCCGAAGACAUAUUAUAGUUUGAUAAUAUCUGAUAUGAUGUUGACACACUGUUGAGAACUGUCUGUAAAUAUGAAUCUUUUGUUUGUGUUGACCUUGUUCAUACAUAAACGCAGACAGCGUGUCUUUGUCUCA